AUGCGCUUGGACCGCGUCUUGAGUGGGAAAUCCGAAAAGCACAUCAUUCACUCAAACGCUGAUGAACGAGAGAACCCGCUGGUGACGAGACGUAGUAGCUACGGACGAGCUGAUGCAAGCACUAUCGCACUGGCUAACAGCAGAAUUGACACAAUGGACGAGCUGUUGACGGAUUAUCAGCUGCGCAAAUACUAUGGACGUCGAGACUUGAUCUCUUCUGCCGCUGAUUCUGGAUAUAAUUCAAGCAAUGCGACAGACAAUGGCGAAGAAGUCGAGAACAAUGCGUCGAAGAUCGCAGCGGCGGCUACUGUGCAGAGUGCAUCCAGCCAAAGACCGAAACCCUGGGUCAUGAAUGCUUUCGCGAUGGCUGCGCCGGGUCAUCUGGCUCCUGGCUUAUGGAGACAUCCUGAUCAAGAACCACAGACUCUGGAACACUGGGUCGAACUCGCGAAGAAGCUCGAUGCGGCCAAGUUCCAUGGGAUAUUCUUUGCUGAUGUCUUGGGGAUUUACGAUGUUUAUCAGAGCAGUAAUGGCCCGGCGUUGAAAGCUGCUGCGCAAGUGCCGCAUCCGGAUGUUUCUUUACUUGUGUCAGCAAUGGCAUAUGCGACGAAGAAUUUGUCGUUUGGGAUUACGGCGAGCACGAGUUAUGAGCAUCCUUAUCAGUUGGCGAGACGGUAUGCUACGCUGGAUCAUGCUACGAACGGUCGUGUGGGAUGGAAUAUCGUCACAAGCUACCUGGAAAGUGCUGCGAAGUCAUAUGGCUUGGAUCAAAUGACUCAGCAUGACAAUCGAUACGACGUGGCUUCAGAAUACAUGGAAGUCGUUUACAAGCUUCUCGAAGGCAGCUGGGAAGACGAUGCAGUGGAAGCCAACAAGAAGACUGGAGUCUACGCGAAUCCGGACAAAGUACAUCCGAUCAACCAUGCUGGCGAGCACUUCAGGUGUCGGGGACCUAGUCUCGUACAUCCAUCACCACAGCGGACGCCAUUUCUCCUUCAAGCUGGAGCCAGUAAAGCCGGCAAGAACUUCGCGGCCACUCACGCUGAAGCCAUGUUCCUUCCCGGCAUGAUUCCCGAAAAGACCAGAGCCAUCGUCGAUUCCGUCAAAGAACUUCUCAUCGAGAAAGGACGAUCUGCGGACAGCAUUAAAUUCAUCGCUGGAAUCUUCAUCGUCGUAGACGAGACCGACGCAAAAGCAGAAGCGAAAUUCCAAGACUUGCUACGAUAUGCCGAUCUAGAAGGCACAGCUGCCCUCUUCGGUGGCUGGUCAGGCACAGAUCUCUCUCAAUUCUCAGACGACGAAGACUUCUCCUUCAAAGGCCCUCCCGGCAUUCAAUCCAUGAUCAGCGCUUGGACUGCCACCGUACCCGGUCUCGAAAAUGUCAAGUGGACGAAAAAGCAUGUCCUUCAACAUCUAGCUAUAUCCGGCGCUCACCCUCGAGCAAUUGGAAGCGCGAAGACUGUUGCUGAUAUCAUGGAGCACUGGAUCGAGCAAGCAGGUGUCGAUGGUUUCAAUAUCAGCUACGCCACUACGCCUCAUACAUUCGAUGAUAUUAUCAAGUAUCUAUGGCCAGAGCUGAAAAAGCGAGGAGUCUUACAAGAAUCUUACGCUGGAUCUUCAAUGCGAGAGAAUUAUCUGCAAGAUGGGAAGGGAGCACGAGUACGUGAAGGGCAUCCGGCUUUGAAGUAUAGGAAUUUGAAAUCAUAG